AUGCCCAUCGAAGUGUUUUUGAGGAAAUCUCCCUCGCGAGCAAUCGCCUUGGCUACUGACAGCCAUCUCCUCAUUUUCCGUCACAGCCCAUCCGCCGUGGGUGGUAAGCAAGGCUCGUCGUCGUCCGUCAAUGAAGGUGGCGCGCCGAAAUGCAUCGUCGAGUUCUCCCCAUGGGAGAGCCAGAACAUGCAAGACUACCGCCGACUCUCCUCCACAGUUCAUGGAACGCUCGGCUUGGUGACUCUCAAUGGAGACGUCUUCCUCUGCGUCGUCAACGGCAGUCGUAAAGUGGCUACCGUGCGGCCGGGCGAGACCAUUCAAGUGAUAUGGUCGGUGGAAUUUCACUGCCUCAAUCGUUCAGACUAUGAUCAUCUACUACACGAUCAAGUCAAUCCGUUCCCGACUGACGACCUCGAUGCGAAUGGAUACGGACAUGGGGACUACCGGGAGAAUCCACUGGAGCACCCAUGUCUGGCGUUGAAGAAGCUGCUCAGCGGUGGGAGCUUCUACUACAGCGCCGAUUUCGACCUCACCAAACGCGUACAAGACCGAUCCGCCGACGCGACCACAAUUGCCAUUGACAGUCUGGAUGGUGGAUUUUUGUGGAACGGCUACAUGAUUCAGCCACUUGUCGACUUUCGUUCCAAGCUGUCCCCGCGGGAAAAGGCAGCUCUGGAUCACUCGAGGAUCUUGACGUCUGCGAUUCGAGGCUAUGCUGCUACUGUUACCGUCCCAGCUUCCAAGUCGCCAGCGAGACUGGGCAUAACGGGUAUGCCCUCGAGCAUGACCAUGAUCUCCAGACUGUCGUGCCGUAGAGCUGGGACUCGGUUCAACGCGCGCGGUAUCGACGAUGAUGGAUACGUCGCCAACUUCUCGGAAACGGAAACCAUCUUCAUCACCGACAACCUGUGCUAUUCAUACGUGCAGUGCCGUGGCAGCGUACCCUUGUUUUGGGAGCAACAAGUCGGACUACCCGGCCAGCAAAAGAUCUCAAUCCUGGGAUCACCCGAAGCAUCGCAAUUCGCAUUCAACAAGCACUUUCAGAGGCUAUCUCUCAUAUAUGGAGACAUUGUCGCGGUGAAUCUUCUCAGCGAUGAAAAAGAGGCAGAGCUGAACUUGACUCGACAAUACAUGCGCCAUAUCGACAAGAGCCCUCUCAAUCAUCCGUCUGAUAAUGCAGGAGAGUCUGACCACAAACACCUCACUGCUGUGUGCUACGACUUCCACGCUGAAAACAAAGGUCCUGCAGGAUAUCAAGCUGCAGCCGGCAUGAAGAGACACAUCUACGACUCCGCCGUCGCAUUCGAGUACUUCCUUGCACAAGACAUGCGUGAAACCAUCACCAAGGAUGGUCGAAAGGUUUCCGUCGUAAGCCAGAAUGAUGUUAUCAAGCAGAACGGUGUCUUCCGGACGAAUUGCCUCGACUGCUUGGAUAGGACAAACGUCGCACAGGAGAUGAUUUCCAAAAUCGUACUCGGCAUCUUCCUACAGCAACAAGGUGAGCCACCACCUGCUUCGGAUUUCUGGGCGAGACAUGGGAUGCUCUGGGCGGACAACGGUGACGCGUUGGCUAAGAUCUACACCGGCACGGGCGCCUUGAAGACGUCCUUUACUCGCUCAGGCAAGACUUCCUUCGCAGGCGCUCUCGCGGAUCUCCGGAAAUCUGCCCAACGCUUGUACAUCAAUACUGUUGAAGACAAGGGUAGGCAGGUCACCAUCGACAUGCUCCUUGGGCGUCUUAUCGGCCAGACGCCUGUUCACCUCUACGACCCUAUCAAUGAGUAUGUCACGGCGGAGCUCAGCAAGAGUUCUGCGGAGUACACCAGCACUGAGAAGAUCACCAUCUGGGUUGGUACGUUCAAUCUGAAUGGCAAGACGUCUGGAAUUGACGAAGACCUUUCUCCAUGGCUGUGUCCGGACGUCGAGAAGGAGUUCAAGGUGCCGGAGAUUGUCGCAGUUGCCUUUCAGGAGAUUGUCGUUCUGGACGUGCAGCAGAUAAUGUCGACUGACCCAGAUCGGCGGAAGUUGUGGGAGAAGGCGGUACGCAAGACGUUAAAUCGCGACGCACAAAAGUAUGGUGGAGAAGACUAUGUCCUCCUCCGUGGUGGACAGCUCGUCGGGGCAUCACUGUCAGUCUUCGUCAGGGCCAGCGCGCUUCCAAUGAUCAAGAACGUAGAGGGCGCAGUUAAGAAGACUGGCUUGAGCGGAAUGGCAGGGAAUAAAGGUGCUGUCGCGAUUCGAAUGGACUACGCCGACACUUCAAUAUGUCUGGUCACGGCGCAUCUUGCCGCCGGCUUUCAAAACUACGAUGAACGUAACCAGGACUACCGCACCAUCGCGAGUGGUAUCCGCUUCCAAACUGGCAGGACGAUCGAGGAGCACAAAUCCAUCCUCUGGUUUGGCGACUUCAACUACCGCAUUGGAAUGGAGAAUGAGAGGGCGAGACAGCUCAUCAAKAAAGGUGACUUGGAAUUGCUGUACGAGAACGACCAGCUCAACAUCCAAAUGGUGCAUGGGAAAUGCUUUCCGCAUUAUUCUGAAAAGCGGCCGAGAUUCUUGCCCACCUACAAGUUCGACCUUCGUACUGAUGACUACGACACAUCCGACAAGUCACGCAUUCCGGCAUGGUGCGAUCGUAUCUUGACUCGGGGUGACAACCUCCGACAGAUGUACUACGACUCUGCCCCGCUGAAGUUCUCGGAUCAUCGCCCUGUAUGGGGAAUCUUCCAGUGCACAGUGAGUGUCAUCGACCAGGCGAAGAAGGAUCAGAUUAGUAGUGACCUCUACACCAAGCGACGCGCGCUUGUUGGCAGCCACCUUGCCAACAACAAGAUCGCUGAGAGCGAUGAUGAGUCUUUGUAUGGAUAUGAUUCGAUCGAGCCAGGUCUUCCCCCAGCUAGCUCAGACAAGAGGAAGUGGUGGCUCGACGGCGGCAACCCAGCACGUUCGACCGUGCAACCUCCAGCCCCGGGCGCAGUGCUCAAUCCCGCCCGUCCUUCCAACCCAUACACUCCCACCAACGAGCCGGAUUGGGUCACAGUCGAAGCACCCGACACACCUCCUAUGAAGAACGCCUCCCUCUACACCGGCAGUCAGACUGGAGGCGGAGGAGGUUCAGCGAGGAGGCCCUUCCCACCGGCAUCCUCAUCUUCUACCUCGCAGUCCGGUGAUCUCCCCGAAUUCAGAUCUGUUAGAUCCGCUAACACGGGCGGCACAGCAGAGAAGUCCACUCUCCGCAAACCAGCCCCUCCUCCCAAGCCCCGGAACCUUCGCUCCCCGAGCCCGGCGAGCUCAGUUACAUCCUCGACCAAAUCCGCCCCUCCACCUCCGGAACCUAGACGCUCAAACCACAACACAGCAUCGCCGCGACAUGCGCUGAUGCCGCCUCCUCCAUCUCGAAGCACUCCCAACAGCGGAACGACGGUGGAGAGUAAGGCGACUUUGCCACCACCUCCAAUUAGAAAGGCGGUUCCAAAUGAGAAGGAGAAUGACAAUGAGAAUUCACCGGCGUUGCCGCCUAGAAGAGGUACUGCAGAGAAGGAGAAGGUUCUCAUGGAUGACGAUGACGACGACGUUGGAGGUGGAGCAGGCAACCAUUUACAUGAUUGGAGACCUUUGCAGCCCGGAAAGCAGUAG